AUGAUCCACAAAGUCGGUUUGCUACCUCUUUCACACAUAGACAAAGUGUGGGAUGCAUAUGGCUCUUGGGUCCAUUCCACUGCUUUUAGGAAGGAUACUGGAAGUAGGACAGUGAUUAUUGAGUUUGUAGGUGUCUGGGAUACAGUGAAUUCGGUGGGUCUGAUCGGUGUCAGAAAGCUUUAUCACACUGCGAGCAAUGGCUCCCUGCGAACAUUUCGACAUGCCGUGGCGUUAGAUGAGCACCGUGCUCGAUUUAGAUCGAACAUGUGGAGUCCACCAAGCACCUAUCCAAAGAAACGUCCUCAACAUUUUGUUGUAACAGACGUCGAUCAAGUACGGUUUUCUGGCUGUCAUUGUGACGUUGGAGGUGGAUCCGUCCCUAAUGGCACUCGCCCAAAUCUAGCGCAUAUUGCACUUCGUUGGAUGGUUCGCGAGUGUUUCAAAGCAAAGACUGGGCUCAGGUUUGAUCCUGCUGAAAUAAUGGCCAUUGGGAUUGAUCCCGAUUCUCUUAAUCCCGUCGUCAAACCACGGCCACCUCCUGCCGCACUUUCCAAUAGCCAUAGGAUAUCGACGGAGCUCAUUCUACAGCCCAGCUACAUUAGUAAGGCGGCAUCGUGGUUAAUUAGCUGGUUUAAAUCUGGACAGAUUUCCGGAACUCCAGAUUAUUCCAUAUACAACACCUAUGGCGAAGAAGAACUUGACCUCGUGGAUGCUCUCGCGCCUGUGUAUGAUCAACUGGUUAUCAACAGACGGCUGUGGUGGUUUCUGGAACAUAUAUGGCUGCGCAGAUAUUCAGUUACCAACAAGAAGAUGGUAUGGAAUAGAAAUCUUGAACGCGGCCGCAUGAUACCCGUCCCUCAUGAUUCGUCACUCACCGACCCUUCUGCAGCGGCUUCACUGGGUCAAGUGGCAAUUCACCCAGGAUGGUCCAAAAUUCGUGUACAUAGAACUGUGACAACGCGAAUGGAGUCUUCUGGUGAUAUUGAUGGCAGGCAAUAUAUUCCUAGGGCACUACUGAAAAACACAAGAACGUUAAACAAUGUAGACCCUUCCUUGAUCGAAUGA